AUGUUAAUACAAUACUAUAUUAUUCAAUUAUUUUUCUUAAUCUCAAUAAUAAAGCAAAACCUUGCAACCUCUGUUAUACAUCCUAACGUUAAUUUUGAUUAUAUCGAGAAGCUUGGUAUUCCAGGUUCAUAUAAUGGAAUAUCUAUUUAUAAGGACACUCAACAACUAACACAAAUAACUAAAUCAACUUCCUCUCUUGUUUCACUCUCAAACGAUACACUUAAAUUAAUCGCAUCAUCAGAUAUAAAUGGUGUUAUUUACGAUGCUUGUCUUUUAUUAUCUGAUCCGACUACGCUUUAUUUCGCUGGCAAUUUUACAAAGAUCAAUAAUUUAGUUGUCAACAAUAUUGCCGCCCUCGAUUUAUCUUCAAAACAAAUAAGAUCACUCAAAUAUGGCUUAGAUGGUUCAGUUUAUAGCCUUUAUUGUGAUUCAGAUAAUCAACAAGUAUAUGUGGGUGGCUCAUUUAUAGCACCUAUUGAUACUUCUAUGAUUGCUUAUUCUGAUUCGCUUGCAAAUUUUGGUGGUAGCGUUGCUUUAUGGAAGAAUAAUAAAUGGUAUGGACUUCCAUGGAAAGGAUUAAAUGGGCCUGUCAAUUCAAUUUUGAAGGUGAAUUCAACUUCAAUCUUUUUUGGUGGUAAAUUUGACACAACUACAGAUGGGCAAGACUUCCAUGCACCUGCAAGUCAGCCAAUUAACAUACCUGCAAGUGGUGUUUCGGCUACAAAUACUGCUCCAAAUUCAGCAAGUCCAGCAUCUAUCCUUUGUUCUGAUGCCUCAAGCGAAAAUUCAUGGAUUUUAUCUGAUGGGACUCAGGGGACUUGGCAAGCAAGUUUUAUUGAAUAUAGUGUUAAUCCAUCUCUAAUUAGAAUUGUCAAUUCAAAGUUAGAAAAUCAUCAAACAAAAGAAUUCUCAAUUCGUUCUUUAACAGAUUCUCGUGUUUAUAAGCUUACUUAUUUGGAUCCUGAUUCAAAUCGUACAAAAACUUGUUCUACAAAUUGUAUCCUUUCAAAGAAUCCAAAUGUGACUUAUCAAGAUUUUAGAAUUACUAACUUAUCAAUAACAAAUGGUAUUGCUAUAGACAUCAAAUCUUGGUAUGGAGUAAGUGGUGGAUUAUCUUCAGUUACAGUGUUUCAAUCAGAAAUAUUCUCUUAUGCUGUCAAUCCUAACACUAAAAGUACUUGUUCAGCUAAAACAAUGACCACCUUGAAUAACAACAUCACCCUUCCUACAGCUGUAACAACAGGAUCAAAAUGGACUGUCUCGAAUACUUCUAUACCCUAUUUAAAGCGGAAUGUAAAUGCAUCAGAUAUCCAAACAUUACCCUCUAUUACUUUCUAUCCUAACUUGGUUGAAUCAGGAAUCUAUGAUGUCUUACUUUAUACACCGGCUUGUGAAACAGAAAAGUGUUCAGAACGCACUGAUGUGGAUAUUUUAAUUUCAUCGACAGCUACUCAAAGAAUAAAUUUGACAAUAAACCAAAGCGAUAUAGCCACUCAAGUUAUUUAUACGGGUUAUUUUGACGUAUCUUCAUCAUUUAUUCCCAAUAUAAAACUUUCUUUGUCACAUAAUGCCAAUAUUUCUAAAGGAGAGACAAAAACUAUAGUGGCACAUGCAAUACAAUUUGUCAAAGAUGCUUCUCAAUAUUCAUUAUCCAGUAUUCUUCAAUAUAAUCCUCUUCAAACUAACAUGUCUAUGUCUAUGUCUACUUUAUCUUGGAAUGAACUACCAGAUAAUAUUCCAUAUAAUUCAUUAGUAAAUACUAUGGAUUUUGUUAAUGACAGUGUUUAUAUUGGUGGAGAAUUUUCUGGAAUCGAUACAACCAACAAAGAAUAUAAAAAUAUUGUACGAUAUGAUAUUAAUUCAAAGACAUUAAAGUCAUUAUCUGGAGGAGGUCUCGACGGAUCUGUGGCAUGUAUUAAAUGCAUUUCUUCUGAGGUGUAUGUCGGAGGUUCAUUUUCAUCUAUUUCAGGAACAGAAAAAAAUGUCAGUAAUAGUAGUCGACUGUCAAAUAUUGCAAAAUAUAAUUUCCAGAAAGGCACUUGGAGUACAUUAAAUGGAGGUGUUAACGGCCCCGUAAAAGCUAUUCACUGGCUUCAAGACAGUCAAACAGUUCUAAUUUCGGGAAAUUAUUCACAAUUUUUAGCGUCCAUUAACGAUACUUCCCCAAGUAUAAUAUAUGGAAAUGGUUGGUGGGAUAUACAAAAAGACCAAUGGAAAAUAACCAAUAUGCCUUAUUUGUCGGGCACUGUAUAUUCAGCAUUCACUUACAAUAAAGAUAACUUCUUUAUGGGCAAUAUAAAAAGCGCACAACGAUAUCAAUCAAACGGCAUAUCAUUCAUUUCGCAAAAUAAUUCUCUAUCAACCCUUUUACCUUUUCACUCUUUCAAAACUCAAAAUAGCUUUUCAAUCAAUGCAGGUGUAAUGUACAAUAAUAGCAAAAAUAACACGAUUAAGAUCAAUGAUAAACAAAACAUAGAAAAUACAACUGUGACUAUUUUAGGUGGAGAAUUUGAAUUAUCGAAUGGUAUUCAGAAUAUCGCUAUAUAUAACAACAGCGUAUGGAGCGGUGUACAGAAUACUGAUUGGCAGGGUACAGUCAAAACAGUGGCUAUACAUGACGAUCUACUUCUUGUUGGUGGCAGUUUCUCGGGUAAUUCGAUUAACAAUUUAGCAGUUUUCAGCCUAUCAAAUAGAUCGUUACUGUUAAAACCAGAUAUUAAGUAUCAUGAUGGUUCUCCUGCCAAUGUUAAUAUGAUUCGUUAUAUUCAUGAGCAGGAUAGAAUCAUUGUGGGCGGUAGUUUUAACUCUAUUGGGUCAAUAUCAUGCUCUUCAAUUUGUUCAUUUAACCCUAAUAGUCUUCAAUGGAGCCCACUUGAUUCUGGUCUUGUUGGUGAAGUGAUUGAUUUCCAAUUCAUUAAUGGAAAACUCGUCACAAGUGGAAAUUUUACACUUAAUAACUCGCCUCUUUUAAUUGCCGAGUAUGACUUUAACAGGAAUACAUGGGGUCCUUUUGGUUCAGCUAAUCUUCCUGGACCAUCUAAAGUUAUUUCUUAUGAUGAUAUCUCUAAGCAGUUAUAUGUGUCUGGGCAAGUGAAUAACUCUGCCUAUCUUCGAAUUUGGAAUGGACAAAAGUUUAUUACUCCCAGUAAUGAGCUUGGUUUAGGUAGUGACAUUGUAGGUUUGACCACAGUACCAAUUGUUAACACAUCAGCUGCUCAAAAUGUUAUUUUGGCUUCUGGUCUUAUUAAUCUGGGAAGUUUGGGUAAUGUUAGUGCUGCAUUUUUUGAUGGAGAAAAUUGGAUUCCUUAUUUAGUUGCUUCUGAUAGCAAUGGUAUAUCAAGUACAUCUAUAAGAAAUGCUUUUUACUUACAGCAACCCUAUAUUGUAAAAAAUAUCAAGAAUUAUUUACCAAAACCACUUGUUAUCCUCAUUUCUAUUGCGAUUUCAUUAGGCAUCGUAUUCUUUAUCGUCUUUAUUUCUAUGCUUAUUAUUUUCAUCAAGAAGAAAUAUGACAACAAAACAAACUCUCGAUCAAAUCCUUCUGGAUAUUAUGGGAAACCUCCUCGUUCUCCGGAAUCUCUUUUAGCAAUGCUUCAAGAAAUAUCGUCUAAAUAUCACGAGGAUGAGGACAAAAAUAGAUAUACGAAUGAAAAGCCUCGUCACCUUGAGCCCGGAAAUCAACAACUUUAUGAUAUGUCUAAAUCUAUUAGUACAGAAUAUUUAAACGACCAUUCUGGCGCACCUUUUGGUGCUGAGCCUAAGAAUGUAGCUGCAAUAACAACAACUGAAAGAGCAACUCCUUUUUCUUCACAUGUUCAUUCAAAGUCGAUUCCUCAACAUCAGAACCAGAGUGCAGUUGACACUAUAGAAAAUGCUAGUAUAAAUAGGGAUGUUGUUGCUACAACUGUUAAAAAUGAAAUGCGACCUGAAUCUACAGCUACGCUAUCUAGUGAGGUUCAGCAUGAUUCUAUAAAUAGUUCAUUUCAUAAUAAUGUUAGUAAAAAUGAAAUGUCCGAAGUACGAGGACAUUGUAGUCCUUACAACCCUUUCAGGAACUCUGAAAUUGGCGUCGCUAUUACUGAUACAUCUCCUAUUACGGCAUUUCAGACAAAUAACAAACAGCCUCCUCUAAAUACGUCUGUUCAUGAUAAUCAAUCACAAUCAAAGGUUGUCUCUUAUAAUAAUAAUAAUCCUUCUUCAAACCCAUCUGCUUUUACUGUAAAUAAUGCAAAUACACCUACUACCGUUCGAUGGACAAACGCUCCCGUUGCAAAUGUAAGCUCUGCUGUAGUUAAGCCUGUAUCUCUAGUUAGUACUGUAAAUGAACUAUCUACUGAAGCUGUCCCUAUUAGCGGGUCCGAUAGUCAUCCUACACUAAAUAAUAAACAAGCUGAAAAAGUUAAAUGGAUACAGGCACCCAGCAGUGAUGAUGCCCUUGCUACUGCUUUUAUUACAACUACACCUACCAUAAAUAUUCUAGUUUCAGAGAAUCGAAAUGAAAACUUUACAACUACACCACCUCAGACAUUAUCAAACAACGCUCCAGUUAUGGUAUCUAAUCCGUUAUCCUCUAAUGUAAGAUGGACAACAUACAACACUGAUGAUGCAGUAGGUUAUGCAACAAUUGAAACAGUCGUUAGAGACUCUCGUUUUAGUGAAUUAUCAGGCUCUGAUUCGUUAAAUACAGCAACUACCAAUACUUCAGGAGAUUCUGAGCUUGUGCGAUGGACUACAGCCCCAACAUUUGAUAAAGACAUCGCAACCAAUACAGUUACGUCUGUUGGGCCUGAUAAUACAAACUUGUCAAAUAAUGAAGAGCGAAGUUCAAUAGGAAGAAGUCAUUACCAAGCAUCGCUUUCAUCUAUUAAUUGGCCCGAUGAGAACAAGAUAGAUGAUGAUCAUGUUAAGGAAGAAGAAAGCGACAGAGCUAUCAAUACAAAUGCUUUCCGUCUCUCAGACACUGAAUUUGCGACACCUAUCGAUACGGAUAUGUUAAAUUUUGCUCAAUCGAUAUCAUCGUCAUCUCAGCAAAAUGAUACAUCAAGUAUGGAUUCAGCAGUCCGCUGGAAAACAACUAAAGUAGGUUUGCCUAUUGAAACUAUCUACACUUCUCCUAUUCUGGAACCUGCUUCAGCUACUGUGACGCAAAGGGUUCUUAAAGAAGAUUCAACAGUUGACAACCUUUAUAAUUCUAAACCUGACACUUAUCAAAAUAACAACAUCAUAAAUAACAGUGUUAGCGCGGAGAAUGUAUCUGCCGUAGCAAUAGUUGAAGAUAAUAGUAAUCCUGACUACAAUUCAAUUGAUAACGAUUCAUUAAAUAAAACUCAAGUUAAUGUUACAGAUACCCAUGAUACGUUAAUUGAAAGAAAGUCAAAGACAGUUGAUGAUAUGAUUGCAAAUCGUGACCUAAAUGCGCUUAGUUUACUAGUCAAUGAAGAAAUACCUAUACCCUCCAAAUCAAAAGAGCAUAACAAGGAAUCCAUAUCAACUAAUUCGUUACGCUCUACUCCUUCACCUGCCACUCUAGACGGUAGAGCUGCAUCUAAACGAAUGGUCGAAGAAUAUAUGUCAUCUCGAAAAGAUAAGCGUAAUACAGUCAAUAAUAAUGGUUCAAAACGAUUCAAGUACAAAAGCGAUUUUAAAUCAAUCAUGUUAGCCGCUAUUGAAAACAAUACAAAACUAUCUACUGCGACAGAGGAUCAUCCUCAUCUUUACUAUGCUAAAUUUGAUUUUAAUGCUCGUGAGCAUGGUGAACUUGGAUUUAUGAAGGAUGAUCCUAUUAUUGUAGUUGAUUCUAGUGAUGACAUUUGGUGGAUGGGAUAUAAAGCUGACAAAUCUGAUGGAUCUUUUAUUCAAGGUGUCUUUCCCAGUAAUUAUGUUGAGAUUGCAGUAAAUAUUCGAAAUUAA